UUUUCCUAUCAACUAUCAACUCAACGCAUUUUUUUUUUCAAUUUUUUAUUUUUAUACUGAACCAUAUUACUUACUCAAUUACAAUACUUUACCCGUUAAUAAUAUAUAUAUUAUUCGAUGUUCUCAUGUCCUUCAUAAAUUUUCCAUGCUGUAGAUACUAAGAAUUAUAAAAAAUAUGCGUGUAGAACGUAGCCAAAGUCCUACCGAACAGGUAACCAGCAUUUUAAAUGAAGCUGCCGUUGCUCCUGAUGAAAACACUAAACUUGAUUUGUUACUUAAAGCUAAGGAAGUACUGGUGUAUCAAGAUCCAAAAUUGCUACCGCAAUUCAUUAAUGAUGUGAUCGCAUACCAAAAUGAUCACAGUUCAACGAUACGGAAAUUUGUUGUGGCAUUCAUUGAAGAAUGCUGCAAUAAAGAAAAAUCUAACGUAUGUGUGACUUUACCAAAUUUAUUAAUGCUAAUAAAAGACCGAUCUCUAAUUGUCCAAAAAAGAGUGGUGCAAGCUGCUAGUAAUAUUUAUAGAGCCGGUUUACAAUGGAUAUCAGUAAUCGAUUUACCUAGUUCAGAUUUAUCCAAUGUUUGGCAAGAUUUGUCUAGUUUGAAAUCUAAUAUAAUUAACAUGAUUGACAAUGAUAAUGAAGGUAUCCGUACUCAAGUCAUUAAAUUUAUGGAAACUGUAAUACUUGUUCAAACAUAUAAAAGUGAGGGUGGAAUAGAUCGUGAGAAUGAUAUGUCACUUGAAGAUAUUCCUUUAACCCUUAAAGUGACACGUCGUAGAAGACUUGAAGAUGAAGCAAGGGUAAUGUUUGAUCUUCUAUCAAGAUUUUGCCACUCUAGUAAUGUAGGAUGUGCAAAUUUGAUGACUUGUAUAGGAUCAUUAACAUUGAUUGCCAAAUUCCGUGUAUCAUUUAUUGGAAAAGUUUUAAUUGCAUUAGAAACAUUGACUAAAAAUAUACCUAGUUCUUUAACACAAAGUCAGUCAAACUCUGUUCAAAAAAAUCUUAAGUUACAACUAUUAAGUUUAUUGCGUCUCCCUGCUUCAACAGAACAUCAACAAACUAUUGGAAAACUGUUGUUAGACAUUGGUGCUUCCAAUCAAGAAAUCAUGAAAGCACUUCAAGUAUUGUCUAAAAAUGAAGAUGGUAAAAAAUUAUUACGCUCGUUAAAACGUAAAAAUGAUGAUGUUGAUGAUAAAAAAACAGAUAAAGACGAAAUUCCAGAAAAAAAAAGGUGUACUGAUGGUACUUUAGUUUCAGACACUAAUAUAAAUAUGGUUAAAUCAUGGGUUCUUGAACAUUUUUCUUCUGAAUCAAUCACAAACUUAAUUAUGACAUUUAUGCCAAAAUUACCAUCAAAAAUGCCUUCAGCUUUUGAAACAAACUAUACUCCUAUUUCUGCUGCUGGUACUGAUUGUCACAAACAAUAUGUAGCAAAAUUAUUAGCUACUCUAUUGUGUAGUUCAGAUGUAGUUAUUCCUGAUCUUAAAUAUAUAAAACAAGAUGAUGAUGAAUUAGUUGAUGGAAUAAAAGAAGAAACAUUAAAAAUGGAGGAAGAAGACAUCCUAUUAGCUCAGCCAGCUGAACUUAAUUUGAAAAACUGUCAUAUUGAUCCUAUUGAAGCUGAAGAAUUAUCUCUUGAUGCUUUACUUAGAAUCUUAGAAACUAGUAAAAUUAUUAAGUCAAAACAAUUAAGAGAAAUACAUACUAAAGUUAUAACCAAAAUGGCUGUUAUAUGUAGUGAUGAUUUUCGUAACACUAUACUUGAUUGGAUAUGCCUGAAUUUGACUAAACAUAUGAACUUGGGUUUAUCAUGGUUAUAUGAAGAAUAUAGUGUAAAUCAAGGUUUUAUUAAACUGCCAACAGCAUUUAGAAAUUCUUUAUCUGCGGAACAAAAUUACAAUACUGUUUUAUGUGCAUUAAUCAGAGCUGCUUUAAAUGGAUUAGAUUCUAAAGAAAAAGAAGAUGCUCUUACCAUGCUUUAUUUUGAGAGUCCAUUUAUUACUGAUGAUGCUGUUGAUAUUUUAAAAGAAAUAUGUAGCAAACAUGCAUUUGGUCUUGUCAUCCUCAAUGAAUUGGUUUCUAAACGUCCUCCAAGACAAUUAGUUUACUUGAAUGCGCUUCUUUUCUAUACUUCACAUAAGGAUGAACAACUUAGAGAGAUGGCGUUGAAUUUUAUAAGUAAAUUAUAUAAAAAUAAGGAUUUAAAAAAUAUAAUUGAAGAGUAUGCUACAUUUUACUUGGGAUUCUUAAGAUUACAAAUACCACCUGAUGUACUAUUUGGUCAUGAAACUGGUCGAUUGGUUAAAUCUGAAUUAUGGGAUGAAGAUUCAACUACUGCUUGUUUAUAUUUAUAUUUCAUGUUAAUGACUGAUAAUUAUGAAUUAAUUCAUGAAUUGGCGGCUGUAUUUACACAUGCUCCAGGAGAAGUUAAACGUUCAAUUAUUAAGCUUUUACCUCAACCUAUUCAAAAUAUGUCAAUGAAUUCACCUGAAUUGUUUAGACUCUUAGAAGACAUGCCAAAGGGAGCUGAAACCAUGAUAACAAGAGUAUUACAUAUUGUAACUGAAAAAGAAACUCCAUCAAUUGAGUUAGUUUCAAAAGUAAAAAAAUUAUAUGACAAUCAGAUAGUUGAAGUACGUUUUUUGGUACCCGUUAUAUCUGGCUUGGACAAAAAAUAUAUUUUAAAUGUUUUACCUCAAUUAAUUAAACUGAAUCCCAAUGUUGUAAAAGAAGUUUUUAAUAGAAUAUUAGGAAUAAAUUACACAUGUUCAAAUGCCAAUCCUCCUGUAAGUCCAGCUGAACUAUUGAUUGCUUUGCAUACAAUGGAUUCUGAUCCUAAUGAUUUAAAGUUUAUAAUUAAAGCUACAUCAUUGUGUUUUGGAGAAAAAACAGUAUUCACCCAAGAGAUAUUAGCAAUUGUCAUGCAGAAUCUAAUGGAUGUUAAUCCUCUACCAACAUUAUUGAUGCGUACUGUUAUACAAUCUUUAACAACUUAUCCAUGUUUGAUUGGCUUUAUUAUGAAUAUACUGCAAAGACUCAUACUGAAAAAAGUGUGGCACCAAAAGAAACAAUGGGAAGGAUUUAUAAAGUGCUGUCAAAAGACAAAACCCAACAGUUUUCAAGUGUUAUUACAACUGCCACCAGAACAAUUGGAAGAUGUUUUAUAUCAAUGUCCAGAAAUGAGAAAGUCAUUAUUGGAUCAUGUAUUAAGUUUUACUGAAGUUCAACGUUCACAUAUACGUCAAGCAAUUAUGGAUGUUGUAUUUGGCAAAAGGUUGGAUGUUCCGAUGUAUCAAAAUUUAAAAGUAAAAUGUGAACCUAAGCAAGAAAAACAAUCACCCGAAAAAUUGUCCCAUCUGAAAGAGGAUGAACUUAGGCCUCCAGGUGAUUUUGACGAAGACUCAAUGAACGAAAUAUAAAUGUAUUACAACAUAAUGUAGUUACAGCCCAUUUAACUUUGAUUAUAAAUUAAACUCGAUUAAGUGCUA